GGAGGGAGACCCACAGUGCCACAGACACGCACUGCAGAGGAGAGAGCAGCACGCAGCGAAAACACGCCGCCACAGAGGAAUAUGUCCGCUUUCUCCCGCACCGAGGGACGCGUGAAGCACCGCAGCGGCGCGGCGGCACCGCAUGCAGCGACUCUGCUUUAGUCCAGCAGACACGUUUCAGCCUGUUCAACACUUAUGCGCUGCUGAAAUCUUCCCUACUGCUGCUGCUGCUGCUUGUGGUCCAUCCCCGUCCCCUCCUCCUCCUCAUCCCCCUCUCUUCCUCCUCCUCCUCCUCCUCCUCCUCCUGCACUCGUCCCGUCGCCAGGAUGGACAAGGCGCUCUGCAGUCCGCACCUCGGGGCCAACAAACCCAACUCUUCCCCGUCGGACCGCGGGGGCUCGUCGUCGAGGAAGCCCGGGAGGACCGGGUCGCACAGCCCCGGCUCCGGCUCCCUCGGUUCGGGGGGCAGCCGGGGAGCCGUGCUGGGGAACAGCAUGAAUCUGCAGCAGCAGGCGCGCAGAAGGCAGCUGGAAGGAGUGCUGAGCAAAUACACCAACCUGAUCCAGGGCUGGCAGAACAGGUACUUCGUGUUGGAUCCGGAGUUGGGACAGCUGCAUUACUUCGUCAACGAGCAGGGGAAGAGCCAGAAGCCCCGCGGGUCGCUGCCCCUGAUCGGCGCCUCGGUAACCCCGAGCGACGAGGCUCCGCACAUGUUCAUUGUAAACUCUGUCAACGGAGAGCUGUACAAACUCAGAGCCUCCGACGCCAAGGAGCAGCAGUUUUGGAUCAGCCAGCUCCAAGCGUGUGCCAGACGCCACUCCGACAGCAGUGCCAAGGUGAGGAAGUUGAAAGGCUCUGAUGAACACUUGAGUGUGGAGAGAGCAGGAGGAGGCCAGGAGGUGCUGGGCUCCUCAUCCUCUGGUCGGACCCGUAGCUACUCCCUCCUCCCCCACCUAACCCCAUCCUCAUCCCCGGGCUCUCAGAGACACCUGAGCCACACGGCCUCGCCCAGCAACAUCGUCACCAUCACCCACCACAAAUCUCCGGCUGCGGCUCGGCGGGCCAGGAGUCAGUAUCCAGGACGGCUGCUGGAGGUCAAAGAGGUGAUGUCCCAAGCGGAGGGCCAACAGAAGAACCUGGUCCAGUCCAUCGACUCUCUACCCACCAGAGGCCCUCUCUCCUGUCUGGACCAGGACCUGCUGCUGCUCAAAGCCACAUCGGCCGCCACACUCAGCUGCUUGGGAGAGUGCCUGAACAUCCUCCAACAGACCCAGAGCCACAGCCAGCCGCCACCUCAGUCCCAGGCCUCUGAGCACAAUCACUCUGCUCACAGAGCCCCCUCCGAUGGUGUUCCUGUGUGGACUGUACCAAAGUCGCCCUCAGGGGAACUGUUGAAGAACGGAGGUCUGACUCCUCUACAAUCAGCCGAGCCCUCCCCGGCCCUCAGGAAAAGGAGUUCGUCCCAUGGUGCUGAGCACCCCACAGGGCUGGAAGACAUCAGCCCCAGUGAUGAGGUGACGGAUACGGAGGAUAACGAAGAGGAGGACCUGGGUGUCCUGGACGACCAGCGGAGCAUCAUCCUCCACCUGCUCUCCCAGCUCAAACUGGGCAUGGACCUCACUCGGGUGGUGCUUCCAACCUUCAUUCUGGAAAAGCGAUCCCUCCUGGAGAUGUACGCCAACUUCAUGGCCCACCCUGACAUGUUCCUGUCGAUCACAGCCGGGGCCACGGCCGAGGACCGCAUAGUCCGCUUUGUCGAGUACUACCUGACCGCCUUCCACGAGGGGAGGAAAGGCGCUGUGGCCAAGAAGCCCUACAACCCGGUGCUGGGGGAGACCUUCCACUGUUCCUGGGAAGUGCCUCGGGAAAGAGUCAAACCGUUGGUCAGAUCCAACCAGGGGUCCUCGAGGGAGCCGAGCAGGGGCCCCAACAACACACAGCAGGGCGACGAUUCACCGGGAGGCUGCUACAGAGUCCGGUUCGUGGCCGAGCAGGUGUCCCACCAUCCGCCGGUGUCGGGGUUCUACUGCGAGUGCCGGGAGAGGAGUAUGUGCGUCAACGCUCACGUGUGGACCAAGAGCAAGUUCAUGGGCAUGUCGAUAGGAGUGUCCAUGGUGGGAGAAGUCAGACUGUGUUUAUUACUCCAACAUCUGGUGAUUCAUGCGGACAAAGAGCAGCAGUGUGCAGGAGGGGUCCUCUGUCUCCUGGAGCACGACGAGGAGUACGUCUUCACGCUGCCCUGUGCCUACGCCCGCUCCAUCCUCACCGUGCCCUGGGUGGAGCUGGGCGGCAAGGUCUCCAUCAACUGUGUCAAGAGCGGCUACUCGGCCACCGUCACCUUCCACACCAAGCCCUUCUACGGAGGGAAGGUGCACAGGGUGACGGCGGAAGUCAAACACAACCAGACCAACACCAUCGUGUGCAAAGCGCAGGGCGAGUGGAACGGCACGCUGGAGUUCACCUACAGCAGCGGGGAAACCAAAGUGAUCGACACGGCCAAGCUCCCCAUCACCAGGAAGAAGCUGCGGCCUGUGGACAGACAGGGGAGGACGGAGUCCAGGCGGUUAUGGCAACACGUCACCAAGUCGCUGAAGGAGGGAAACAUGGACGAGGCCACGGAGCACAAACACCGGCUGGAGGAGCGACAGAGGGGGGAGGAGAAGCAGAGGGCGGCUGAUAACAAACCAUGGACACCCAAAUACUUCACUAAAGAGGGAGAAGGCUGGAUCUACAACAAACCCCUGUGGAAGUCGACCUGACAGCAGAAACAACUCUCUCUCGCUCUUCUCGCGGACGAUAACUGAACUCCCGCCUCUCCGCCGCUGAUGGGGGCGGGAGGUCGAGCAAAGGGAGCGCUGACCUCCAGAGACACGCCGACCCGAGCUAAAGACUCGCCAGAGUGACACACACACAAACAGGAAAAAAACAAGCAAGGUGCCAAAGGGAUCCCCACUGUUAGAGCCAAGAUGGUGGUCGGAGCUCUUGGGACAAAGUACAUUUUUUAUAUCCAGUUAAUAGUAUUACUAUUCAAAGUAGAGUAUUUCUAUUUUUCACCUUGCAAAGGCCUUUUUUGCACACGCACAGUAUGAAGUUUGCCACUGGUGUUCUGCUUUGUUUCUGUUCUGUUUUUACGAUCGAUGUUUUUUCCUCAGACAUUGUCAAUAUUCGGUUCCAGGCUUUUAGUUCGUAAAGCAGCGUUAGAAUGAAUCGAUACCCCGUAAACACAUAAUACUGUAGCUGUAAAAGAGUUGUUUAUAAAAGCACUUUUACCAUAGAAACAAAUUUAAUAUUUUAUAUCUAUGGCUUUUACCAAUCAGGGUGGUCUCUGAGAGCUUUACAGAGAAGAAGAAGAAGGAGGGGAAGAACACCCGACUGUAUAAAUCGAGAGGUAGAGGGAACAAAUAUACGACAUUAGUUUACGUGUUAGUAUAUAUUAUUAUACAGAACUUUUAUGGUGAAGCUACUAGAGAGUCCUGAUUGAUUUUGUCUGCACUAUGAAUGUACUCGGGCACAUUUUUAAUAGUAUGCUACUUUAUAUAUAUUUUUUUCCAUCUCGUACUGUUGGCUACACGUGCUUUUUGUGUUCUUACUUCACCGCGCCGCUCCAUUUACAGUAUCGACGCCUCUACACAACAGACCUUUCACAUUUCCAUUACCGCCUCUCUCUCUCUUACGCAGCUCAUUCCAGCCAUUAGCCACUUUUUUCCCCUUCCAAAACAAAACACUCCCCGGAUCUUUCUAAUCCUUUUUCUGUAUCGGUGCCCCGAAGAUGGCACUUGUGUAAUUAGGCCAACCCCCCCCACCAUCCAUCCUGAAGUUAAUACUCCUCCUUAGGUUGCCCGUGGUGAUGAAUAUGGAUGAGGAAGCUCGCAGAAAACACACAACCAUGUUUUUUCACAUCUGGGGCGGGGUCGCUGGAAGGUUGCCUCUGUGAAGAGGAUAAUCCAGCGGAAUAACAAAUCACUGGGAACUGGGGUAAUCAGCCUGUUGGAUUAAAAAAAAAAAAAAAA